AUGCCGAACCUGGGCCCGUGGUGUCUGGGGCUCACGCUUUCGCUGGCCUUCGUGCCUCCCCUGCUGAGCGCUCCUACAACUGAAGGCCCAGGGUACAGGAAGCCCCAGAAUCUGUUGGACGUGGUCGGGGUCGACUCAUGGAAAGAUGGCCUGAACGUUCUCUUGAUCGUCGUGGAUGACCUUCGGCCUGCCCUAGGCUGCUAUGGAGAGGUUCUCGUGAAAUCUCCAAACAUUGAUCAGCUGGCCUCUCGGAGUGUGGUGUUCCAAAAUGCCUUUGCCCAACAAGCUGUCUGUGCCCCAAGUAGAGUGUCUUUUUUAACUGGGCGAAGACCGGACACUACCAGAUUGUAUGACUUCAAUUCCUACUGGAGAGUGCAUUCGGGAAACUAUUCUACAAUCCCUCAGUAUUUCAAGGAGAAUGGCUAUGUGACUUUGUCAGUUGGAAAAGUGUUUCACCCUGGAAUUUCUUCUAAUCAUAGUGAUGAUUUUCCAUACAGCUGGUCUGUUCCACCUUUUCAUCCCUCCUCUGAACAGUAUGAAAAUAGCAAGACAUGUAAAGGUCAGGAUGAAGAACUUCAUGCCAACUUGAUUUGCCCUGUGGAUGUAGCUGAUAUGCCAGAAGGUACCUUGCCUGAUAAACAGAGCACCGAAGAAGCCAUACGAUUGCUAGAAAAGAUGAAAAAAAUUGAUGACCUUUUCUUUCUGGCUGUUGGCUAUCAUAAACCUCACAUCCCUUUCAGAUACCCCAAGGAAUUUCAGAAGUUGUAUCCCUUGGAAAAUAUUACCUUGGCUCCGGAUCCUCACAUCCCUUUUGGACUACCCCCUGUGGCCUAUAACCCCUGGAUGGAUAUCAGGGAGAGGGAAGAUGUCCAGGCUUUAAACAUCAGCGUUCCCUAUGGCCCAAUUCCUGCAGAGUUUCAGCGGAAAAUCCGUCAGAGUUAUUUUGCAUCUGUCUCUUACUUGGAUUCACAAGUUGGUCACCUGUUAAAUGCUUUGGAUGAACUUCAGCUCUCGAACAACACAAUUGUUGCUUUUGUAUCUGAUCAUGGAUGGGCUCUGGGUGAACAUGGAGAAUGGGCCAAGUACAGCAAUUUUGACGUAGCUACUCGAGUGCCCCUGAUGUUUUAUGUCCCUGGAAGGACUGCUUCAUUUACUUCUCCAGGAGAGAAGCUUUUUCCUUACAUUGAUCCUUUUGAUUCACCGUCACACGUGAAGGUUCCAGGAAGGCGAGCCACGGAGCUUGUUGAACUUGUAUCUCUUUUCCCAACUCUCUCAGAACUUGCUGGACUGAAUGUACCUCCACGCUGCCCAUUUGAGUCAUUUAACAUUGAGUUGUGUGUAGAAGGACCAAGCCUUGUUAGGUAUUUAAACUUCACUGAAUGGGAAGAAGACUUUUUUUACAGCACCAGGAAACCUCUUGAACUCGUUGCAUACAGCCAAUAUCCACGCCCUGCAGAUACCCCUCAGUGGAAUUCUGAUAAGCCACAUUUAAAAGAUAUAAAAAUUAUGGGCUAUUCCAUACGUACAGUAGACUACAGGUUUACUGUAUGGGUCAGCUUCAACCCUGAGAAUUUCACUGCCGAUUUUACUAAUAUCCAUGCAGGUGAGCUGUAUUUUGUAGACAGUGACCCCCUGCAGGAUCAUAAUGUUUAUAACCAGACCGUGGGCAUAUAUUAAAACUUGAUGGGUCAUUGGGGCCAUAAGUUUUAUAUGACAAACUGACUUCUUGUUUUUUGUUGUUUUAUUUUUAAACAUGUUCCUACUCCCUACCUCUACCCUACAUGGUAGAUGUGAGAAUGAACUGAAGAUUUUGUGAGGUUCUGGCAUUAACAGAAGUGACCUGGAGAGCAGAUAGUUGAGGAGAGGAUAUAUUUCAAGAACCAGUAGUUUAUUACAGCAAAACCGUAAUAAUUUGGGUUUCUUCACUUUGGAAUUUAUGAUCAUUUGGACUAAAGGC